AUGAUAAUACCUGGCAGAUUCUAUAUAAAAUCGAGUAAUUCAAACAUCAAAAACCACACAAAAAUUUUAGAUUACAAGCUUCAAGACCAGGAACAUUAUAAUUUUUUACUGAUAAUUGUAAAAUGGAAUUCAUUUUUAAAGAAAAAAAGCUAAUUCUAUUCAUAGAUUAUCCAUGUAUAAAUAUUUGAGAAAAGACAGAGAAACAUUAAAAGGAAACUAAGCAAGCUAAGAGAUUCUUUCUAUUUCAUGGAAAUUUAUAAAAAAUAAAUAAAUAAAUCAUCACAAAUUAGUGAGAGAAAUCAAGAAGAAUUUUUUGCAAACAUUUAUUCUAAUUAAAAAAUCCCUUUUCACUAUUCAAAUUUAUAAAAAUAGAAAAACUAAUUAAAUGGAUUUAUUGAAAAGAGUGUUCUAUUUAAAUUACUUUUAUGCUUUUGA